AUUGGAUGAAUGAACAAUAAACAGCAAAAUAUCAACAAUUGCCAUUGGACAUUGACUUUCCCUUUUUGAUCAGAGAUAUAUUGCACAUUGUGAUCCAGACUAUAUUAUAACCAAUUUAUUGCUACGCUUUUUGCUUGUUGCUUUCGCAUCUUUUUACUGGCCACCAUCCCCCUUAGCUAGAUGUUCAUUUCUUUUGUUUAUAUUUAUUUCCAAUAACAACACCAACACCAAUCCCUAUUUAUUUAUUAUUUAUUUCUUUGUUUGUUUAUAUAUACCCUACCAUCUCUUUCCUUCUCCAAAUGCAAAUAAUGCUGAACACUGACACCACAGUAACCUCUUCUAGUAUCCCCAGACCCUCUAAAUCUAAUACCAGAUCUUCCAGGAACAAAUCUACCACCACAUCCAACAAUAAUACUGACAACUCAAAUGCGUCCCAUUUUAAAGACAAAGACAAAGAUAAAGAUAAGGAAAAGAAUAAGAACUCUAUUUUAAAUACCUCUUCUUCUUCUGUAUCUUCAUCAUCUACCACUGCAACCACUUCAACUACCAAAUCCUCCUCCUCUUCCUCCUCUAUUUCUUCCAGCAGUCUCGCUAAUGAUAAUAAUGACCAUAAACCUUACGGCAAUAAAAACACCACCAGUAACAGUAACAAUAAAACAGUACAUUCUUCUUCGUCGUCUAAACCAAAAAAAAACUCAGUCGCCCUAAAAGUUGGACUUAUUGGCGAUGCCCAAAUUGGCAAAACCUCUUUAAUGAUAAAAUACGUCGAGGGUUAUUACGAUGAACUAUACACUCAGACUCUAGGUGUCAAUUUCAUGGAAAAGACGAUUCAAAUUAAAAACAAUGAAAUCACCUUUUCAAUUUGGGAUUUGGGGGGCCAAAAGGAAUUUAUCAACAUGCUACCUUUGGUCUCAAAUGAUGCUGUCGCGAUCUUAUUCAUGUUUGACUUGACUAGAAAAUCAACCUUAAAUUCAAUUAAAGAGUGGUAUAGACAAGCAAGAGGUUUCAAUAGAACUGCUAUUCCUUUUUUAAUCGGCACAAAAUUUGAUCUUUUUAUAAAUUUUUCCAACAAAGACCAGGAAGAAAUUACAAACCACGCUCAGAAAUUCGCAAAAGCAAUGAAAGCAUCUUUAAUUUUUUGCUCAACUUCUCAAUCUGUUAAUAUUCAAAAAAUCUUUAAAGUCAUAUUAGCCAAGGCUUUUGACUUAAAAUUAUCAAUUCCUGAAAUCUCAAAUAUCGGUCAACCUUUACUUUUAUAUAAUAUAGAUUAAUCUUAAUAACAGAUAAGAAAAAAACAAAAAACAAUGCAUUAACAAAAGAAACAAAAGAAACAAAAAAAAUUUUAAAAUUUAAUCAAAAUAUCUAAA